CUGCAUCCAUAUCCAAGAAGCGAAUUGAUGUUUCAUAUGACGAUAAUAGCGAAGGCCUCAACAGAACGAAGCAGAACCUGCAACUGAAGAUGGAGAGUAGUAGCGAGCUAGCCGAAAUAAAAGGAAUGCUCAAGCUCCUAAUGGAAGAGCGGGAGGUGACUAAAGAGAAGGACAAAGGUAAAAGCAAAGUGGAUUCUACCACCAGGACGAAGCAGAGCGGAUGUGCCAAGAACAGAGUACCACUGAACGCGCGGACAGAAGAGGAGGUGGACGAAGGUGGCCUUGCUGCGUACAUGAAACUGCGGUUGGAGUUUUACAACUCACUGCACUACACGCAUGUUCAAGAUCUGUGUAAGGAGAAGCAAGUGACCUACUACAGGAAGGAGAUCGGCGCGUGGGAACUGACCAAGCUUGACCUUCAGGAGUAUGUGGACUGCAUCCAGCAGGAUAGGCCGACUGAAGCUGCGGAAUGUUCCAAGCAGCAAGAAGUUGAAGAUACGACGAAGAACUCCCCGGAGUCUGGAAGCCCUGACGUGGUCUCCGAAACGGAUCUAUCGGGAAAGUAGCAUGGGGGAGUAAACGGUCCCUCGUACG